CGGCAGUGCGGAGGCAUCAAUUGUGUGGGCGAGUUGUCCAUAAGCCAUACUGAUACGGCAUUAAUUUGUUAGGGAAGGGUGAAUGAUUGUCGCGAUUUCGCUUAUUUUCACUAAAUGGUUAUGAGCGAGGAUGAAGCACAGUAAGAAGUCAGAAGUUCUCAGUCCGAUCUCUGCCAAGUCGUGCAUCAAUUCUGUGUCACGAGCACCGAGCGUUGCCAGGACUGUCGACUCUGUGGCGAUCCCCGCGGCAGAGGGCGGUGCGCCGCAGAAGGUGGCUCAGGACCUGCCCGGCAGCAAAUCGACCGUCCCACCGAGCCACGCAGACGACAGCGACAAGGAGAACGGCAUGGCCGCCUCGCCGGAGCCGUCAGCCAGUGGCCAGACACCCGCCGUGGGGCCGCACAGCUGCGACACUGCGGUCAGUGCUGGACCCACCGAGGAGGCUGCGCACCGGCCGGCUCCGGCGAGGCUGCCGAGCCCGGCCAACGGCCAGCCGCCGGCGGGGCUGCCGAGCCCGGCCGGCGGCCAGCCGCCGGCCGCCACCGGGCCCUGCUCGCCGGCCGGGCCGGGCGCUGUCCGCCUCAGUCCCGUCAGCAAGUACGGCAGGGUGCGGCGCGCCCGCUCCGACGCCGCCUACGUCAGCACAGACCGCACGUACGCGGCUCUGACCGGUCAGCAGCUGGCGCCGGCGCGGCUGCCGCCGGCCGCCGCCGCCGCCGAGCUCCGCCCGGUGCCCGACUCGGCCGUGCCCUGCGAGUACGUGGUGGGAGACGUGGUAUGGGCGCGCGUCAGCGGCUACCCCCUCUGGCCAGCCAUCGUCGUCUACGACACUGCGUCUGGCCAGUUCAGCAGGCUGGUCCGUAAGGCCGGUUCGCGCGGACCGUCAGUAUCGCGCCGAUACCACGUGCGCUUUUUUGGAGACCUGUGCCGCGGCUGGAUCGCGCCCAUCAACCUGCGCCGGUUCGAGGGUCGCGCCCAGUUCGACCAGCUGGCCAGAGCCGAGCAGCUCGGCGGGAAGCGCAGCGGCCGCGAGGGCGGACAGUUCAGACUGUCCAACCGCAACCUGCCCAAGUGGCUGGAGGGAGUGGCCGAGGCCACCGGCAGCCUGGCGCUGGACAGCCUGGCGCUGGACAGCCUGGCGCUGGACAGCCGCGCCUCCUCGGCGGCCGCCGAGUCAGCGGCCGCCGGCGCCCGGUCCGAGGCCGGCUCGCGCUGCUCGGGGUCGGCGUCGCCCAGCCCGAGCGCCGCCGGCGCCUCCAGCCCCGAUGACUGGACGGACGAGGCCGGCUUCAGCCAGUUCUGCGAGUCGCAGCGCGAGGGCACGGCGGCGCGCCGGCCAGAGCUGGCCGAGGUGGAGGUGAUAGAGCUGCUGGCCGCCCGCUGGGAGGCCAUGGGCCGCGCCGAGCGCGCAGCCUUCGCCGCCGCGCCGCCAAAGAAGGCGGCGGCGCGUGGCAGCCGGCCGGCGGCGGCGCCCCGACCGGACAGCUCCGACGCCGACUCGGAGACCAGCGGGCGGUCGCGCGUGCGCCGCGUGGAGAAGGUUUGUCAGCUCUGUGAGGUGAACGGCGAGCUGGGCCGAGACGUGGUGCGCUGCGCCGGCCCGUGCGGCGGCGUGUACCACCUGCGCUGCGCCGGCGCGCCGGCCUCCACCGUGCAGUUCACGUGCGCUGAGUGCCUGAGCGGCCGGCACGCCUGCUUCGUGUGCCGCUCGCCGGCCGGCUUGCUGGAGCCGUGCCGCGCCGCCGGCCGCUGCGGGAAGCGCUUCCACCGCGCCUGCCUGCGCCUGUUCCCGCAGGCGACCACGCACGAGGAGCGGCUGGUGUGCCCUCUGCACGUGUGCCACACGUGCGUCAGCGAGGACCCGCGCCGGCUGGCCGCCCAGUUCAAGCCCACCGACAAGCUGUUCAAGUGUGUCCGGUGUCCCACUACCUACCACACCAGCGAACAAUGCGUCGCAGCCGGCACGGAAAUCCUCAACUCCUCCCAGAUCGUCUGCACCAAACACUACACUGCCGACGCCGCCACCAAGAAGACGGCCUCCCAGCACCACAUCAACACCACCUGGUGCUUCAUCUGCUCCAAAGGUGGCAGUCUGAUCUGCUGUGAGAGCUGCCCAGCCUCGUUCCACGCCGAGUGCGUCAACACGCCGGUGCCGGAGGGCGGCUACGUAUGCGAGGAAUGCGAGAGCGGCCGCUUCCCUCUCUACGGAGAGGUCGUCUGGGUCAAACACGGCUUCUAUAGGUGGUGGCCGGCGAUGGUGGUGCCACCUAACGACAUUCCGGAGAACCUGCUGCAGAUGGACUACAGCACCGGUCAGUUUGUCGUGCGCUUCUUCGGCUCCAACGACUACAGCUGGGUGCGCCGCGGCCGCGUGUUCCUCUUCGAGGAGGGGGACUCCCUGGGUAAGGUGAACGCUAACGGCUCGAAGACGCUCACCUCGUCGUACAAGAAGGCGCUCCAGGAGGCGACCGCCUACUAUCAGCAGUACAGGGAGCACCGGCGCCGGGAGAAGGAGGGCGUCGACAUCCUGCGGCCGCCGUCCUACAUCAAGAUCAAGACCAACAAGCCAGUGGGCGGUGUGAAGCUGUCGAACGGUGACGUCAGCCAGGCCACCGCGUGCGGGUGUCGGCCGACCGACGAGCGCCCCUGCGGGCCGGACUCCUCCUGCCUGAACCGGAUGCUGAUGCUGGAGUGCCACCCGGAGCUGUGCAGAGCCGGGGACCGCUGCCUGAACCAGCGCUUCCAGAAGCGGCUCUACCCGCAGCUGCAGGUCGUCAGGACGGCCAGCAAGGGCUGGGGCCUGGCCACCUGUGUCGACCUCAAAAAAGGCGACUUUGUGAUCGAGUACGUGGGCGAGGUGAUCAGCGAGCUGGAGCUGCACCGGCGCGUGGAGCUGAAGCACCGCACGCAGGACGACAACUACUACUUCCUCACCAUCGACAGGGACCGCGUCCUGGACGCCGGACCCAAGGGCAACAUGGCCAGGUUCAUGAACCACUGCUGCCAGCCCAACUGCGAGACCCAGAAGUGGACCAUCAACUCGGAGACGCGCGUGGGUCUGUUCACUCUGACUGACAUACCGGCCGGCACUGAGCUCAACUUCAACUACAACUUUGACUGCGUGGGCACGGCCAAGAAGCGCUGCAUGUGCGGCGCAGACAACUGCAGCGGCUUUCUGGGCGACAAGGUGCUCAAGGCGGUGAAGGCGGCCAAGGCCGACGACAAGGCGCGCCCGCGGAAGCGCCGGCGCCGGCGGCGCACCGUGAAGCGCCGCUCCGAGGACGUCUGCUUCCGCUGCGCGGCCGGCGGCCAGCUGAUCCUCUGCGACUUCGCCGACUGUCCCAAGGCGUACCACGCCGGCUGCCUGCAGCUGGAGCGGCCGCCGCACGGUAAAUGGGUGUGUCCGUGGCACCAUUGUGACAUCUGCGGCCAGCGGGCCGUGCAGCUGUGCUCGCUGUGCCCCAACUCGGUGUGCCGCAACCACCAGGACACGGGCAUCGCGCGCCACGCGCACCUCGGACACGUGUGCCAGGACCACUCGGCCGCCGAGGUGGCCCAGGCGGAGGCGGACGCGCGGCGAAGGGAGGAAUCGGCGCCGGCCGCCGACGCCGCGCCGCCGCCGCGCAAACGGCGCCCGUCGUCCGACGACGGUGGCGCCGCCAAGCGGCCGCACACGGCAGCCGAGCCGGGGCGCGCUGACGAGCCGCCGGCGCCCCAGUCUUAGCCGGCCGACUGCCGUCCUGCCGUCCUGCCCACCCGCCGCGGCGCUUUUAGAAAUGCACCAUCUCCGUGAAAUACCCUUGUUGCAUGACUGCAUUGGCGCCAUUGCCAACAAUGUGAGGACAGUUUCAACCCUCCACUACAAAUGUGUUGUCAAAUACAAUUUCAAAUGAACUUCA